AUGAAGAAGUCUGAAGCAACUGGUUCUACCUUGGAGCUCUUUCCCCAUCUCCUUGAUUCACCCGACAAGCUUUCGAGAGACAUCGACCCCUUUACCAUCACCACCACAUCGGGGUUCUUGCCUUUCGAGCUUCCUCCUGUAGCCUUGCCUGAUGCUUUCAAGUCAUUGGACUCGUUGACUUCUCGGCUGCCCGUUGUCAAGGCAGACGGGUCCCCGGGCUUACUUGCCACUUUUGAGCUUGGACCAGCUGUGCUUGCCGAACUCCCUGAUCUGACCGAUGAGGUCGAUAAGCUCCUCACAGAAGAUGGCAAACCAGAUCGCUUCAUGAUCACAGCUGUAUUUAGGGAUUACACGUUCGUUUGCUCUUCUUACUUACUUGAGCCAUGCUAUGAGAGAUGGUCGAAGGACCCCGCUGGUGGUUACGGUGUUGGCCGGGAAACAUUGCCGAAGUGUAUCGCACGUCCACUCUACCGAUGUGCCGAGAUGCUUAUUCGGGCUUUUGAGCGUGGACUUGACCCCAAAAGCUCCGAGGCGGGAUUCAUUCUAACCCAUGUUGAUAUGGUGAAGGAAUCAGCUGCCUUAGUCAGUGGUGCCGUCCGCAUACUCAACAAGCUGGAAGAAAGUAAGGAACCCUCGUCUCGUGAAGAAGUCAACGAUGCCUUUAGGGAAAUCCUAAAGGGGAUGGAGAAAGUUGAAACUUGCAUGGAAGAUAUGUGGAAGAACUCCAAACCUAGUGAUUAUCUCUCGUUCCGCGUAUUUAUCUUCGGUAUCACCUCUCAGUCAAUGUUUCCAAAUGGCGUUGUCUAUGAAGGCGUCUUAGAUAACAAGCCACUAAAUUUCCGCGGAGAGAGUGGCGCUAAUGACAGCAUCAUCCCGCUACUCGACCACCUUCUCCAAAUUCCAAUGCCAUCUACACCAUUGACAAAAAUUCUACAUGAGUUCCGUGCCUAUCGCCCACUUCCACACCGACAAUUCUUGGCACAUGUGGCGUCCAAGGCAGAGGAGAUUGGCGUUCAAGAAUUUGCUGUCCAAGAUGCGGAAACAGUACUAUUGUACUUGAAAGCCCUAGAUCAUGUGCGAAGUUUCAGAUGGAGACAUUGGCUGUUGACCAGGGAGUACAUCAUUAAACGAACGCCAUAUCCCACCGCCACUGGCGGCAGCCCGAUUAUCACGUGGCUUCCCAAUCAACUUUUCGCUGUAUUGGAGCUUAUGAUCUCCAUUCACGACAAGUAUGUGGCCCCAUUCACUAGCAAGGAUCUCCCCACGGUCGUCGAUACGAACGGGUCCCAGAACGGCGCGUCGUCCUCUGAGCAGAAGAAGGCUCAGAAGAUGGAGGCUUUCUACUACUAUCGUGCUCAGACAGAUGAGAUGAUGGCGCUUGUGCGUGAUCAGAAGGAUAAGCUAGACAGGGAGGUUGCCAGAUGGUGUCAAGAGCGCGGAUUAUGA